UCGAGCUUGCGGUUCGAAAUAAUGGAGCAGAUGGAGAACUUUCACUAACGCGUUCAAGGUUUCAUUUACAUCCUGAUUGACAGUUUGACAUUUCGCGGUGCGGCGCGCGCGGCUGCUUUUGACGUUGAAUGGACAUUAAUCUUAUUUAUUUAUUUAUUUUGCGAUUUUUAAGAAUCUUUAACAACAUUAAUUGAUAUGUGCUCUACCGGUGACAUGACCGCUUUUCUAUCACGGUAAACGCAGAAAUAAAAUAAACAGUUACGUGAUAUUUGGAAUCAGAUAUCAUCCUAAAAGCGAAGAAAUGGAUCUUAUGGGAAUCUACCUGCUUCACUUCACCUUUGCCGCUUUGCAGGUAUUGCUGUCUGCAGGGAGAGACUGUCUUAUAGCUGGUGACACAUGUUCCAGUGAUGAGACCUGCAGCCCGCGCCUCAGAACCCUGCGUCAGUGUGUGGCGGGUAACGGCAGCAUGAAACUUGGCCCUGGAGCCCGCAGUCAGUGUGCGAACGCAGUCUCUGCCCUGCUGUCUAGCCCUCUGCACGGCUGCCAGUGCAGACGAGGCAUGAAAAGAGAAAAGAACUGUCUCAGCAUAUACUGGAGUCUACAUCAGUCUGGCAUGCAUGGGCUUAACCUGGUUGAGAACUAUCCAUAUGAAACAGUGGAGAAAGGCUAUGACUAUGUCCGUCUGGCCUCCAUCACUGCAGAUUCUGAGGUUGGUAUGACAACAGCAAACCAUUGCCUGGAUGCAGCCAAAGCUUGCAACAUCGACGAUGUGUGCCAGAAACUGCGCACAGAUUACGUGUCAACAUGCAUCAAGCCAUUCACCAAGUCGGGUCUGUGCAAUCGCUCGAGGUGCAACAAGGCCUUGCGACGGUUCUUCGACCGGGUUCCCCCAGAAUAUACCCACAAGCUGCUCUUCUGCCCUUGCAGUGACAUGGCCUGCUCAGAGAGACGCCGGCAGACCAUCGUACCCAGCUGCUCUUAUGAGGAAGAAGAAAAACCCAGCUGCCUCUCCCAGAUGAAAAUUUGCAGGGCCGACUAUGUUUGCAGGUCCCGUUUGGCCCAGUUUCAGUACGACUGCCAGCCAGAUGAGCAAUCUGCCACCGGGUGCAAGCAGGGAAACUAUGCAGCAUGUCUUAUUGCCUACACUGGACUGAUAGGCAAUCCAAUCACCCCAAACUAUGUGGAUAACUCCACAUCUAGCGUGGCUCCCUGGUGCUCAUGUUCUACCAGUGGCAAUCUGAGAGAUCAGUGCACAGAGUUCCUGGACUAUUUCACAGACAACGUUUGUCUCAGGAACGCGCUCCAGACAUUUGGGAAUGGAAUGGACUUCACACCCACUCCCACCCAACUGGCACGGCUAAAUUCUGUGACGGACAGAGGGGCAUGGCAAACGACUCCUGUAUUUGUUACCAUGGAUACUAAACAGAAUGUUCUCAGCCCAGCCAAACCCACACAGGAGUUAAAGGUGAGACUUUGGUCCGACUCCACUGCGUCCUUUGACACACACCAGAACUCUGCUCAUGUGUUUGCUGCAGUGUCGCUGCCUGUCUGCAUUUGUGUGUUUCUUAACUUCUUCCUCAGCUACGAUCAGUAAGUGGACUGAAAGAAGUUUGUGACAUUUAUUCUUACCGGCCCAUGAUUUUGGACCAACUGGAACAUUUCUUCAACUGCAGAGCUGGAGAAACCAGCCAUAAUGGCCUAAUUUCUCUGACACUGAAUUCAUCGUUUUAUCUCUGUUUCUGUGGAACCGCCUGUGAAAGCUAUGGAGGGGAAUUUGCAAGGCACUUUUGUAGAAAUGAAUGUGGCUAGACAAACACAAAGGCCAGUGGAAAGCAUACCUGUACAUAUGUACAUACCGUCACAAAGAGUCAGUAUGAAACUGUGUUGUUCAUGAAGAGUUUCAGUGUAAAAUAAUAUUUUUUCGGGCUGAGUUGGGAGAGGGAAUAAUUCAAAAGACUAAAUCCUGAGUUUCUAAAGUACAAAUUACCUGCUAGCACUCUGCAAUGAAUUUCUGAUGAAAUGUGGAGAGGAGACAGGGGAAGCUUUUUCUUUCUUUCUUUCUUUUAUAGUUUCUCAUGCAUUCGUUCAACCAUUAAGUCAUCCCCUUGCACAAAACAGGGAUUUAAUAUCACUCUGUUCAGCUUGACUGAGGAGAAGACACAGGCUAUUUCUGAUCAAUAAUGGAAUAUGUCUUUUGGUGAAAGUAAACAAUAUUUUUCCAAAGCUCAUAGCAACACUCCAAAUGCAGAAUGUGUUACUGGGACAUAAGCUAUCCAUGUUUCACUUGACCAAACUUCAGAUAAUGAUUCAAGACUCCAUAAUAUUCUGACUACAUCACAGCACUUGUGUACCAGAACAGUUGGUCUCAUUCACUAACCAUGCGAACACAUGUAUUUGUGCGUAAAACCUACAGUAUGUGCGAACAUUUUCACAAUGAAGUUGAAGUGGAUACACCAAUAUUAGAAUGAGGGUAAGAACAAAUUUAUGUGCAUACAACACACCUGUUGUGACCUGUUUGUUGGAAAUGUUGUGUGUUUCCUGCACACAUAAGUAAGAACAUGCAAUUAUAAGUGAAUGCGACCCUGUGUCUUUAUGUAUAAUAUGGUAUUUCUAUGAGGGAAUAAAAGCAAAUAUAGGUAUGAAUAUGAAUCGAGUUCCAUAGGAAUGGGGUAAGAUGGACAUUUGGAUAUGCAGAGGUCCUGCACCAACCCCCUGGAAAACAAGCCCAUGAUAUUUCUAAAGGAAAGCUGUGAAUCUCAUUAUAGAACAUUCUUUAGUUCAUCUUAUGCCACUAAUAAAAAUGCUGGUUCAUUUAAAGCCUGUUGCGGUUCCUUUGUGACUCAGAAAUGAAAAUGUUAACUAUUUGGA